AUGGGCUCAGAGCCACAGCAUAGAACUACAGGCACACAAUCUCAAGAAGUUUAUGCUGAAGAUUGUGAUUAUAUAGAAAAGCAAGGUAUCAAUAAUGAAUGUGCAAAUCAACAGGUAAACAACCAGAUUGAUCACCAGGUAUUUCUGGACAUUAUUCAAGAAUACUUCGUGGAAAUGGAUGCACAAGCAUUUGAAGCUGUAGUUUCAAAGACUGUGAUUAAUGAUACGCUGUGCAUGAAUCAAGUUUUUAAUAAUAGUAACGAUUUAUGCAGUUAUUUAUGCGAUGAUACACCUUCCGAUGUAUUUUCUGAUAACAUCCGUUGUAUUGAGAUGCUUUACAAGAAGCAAGUGAUUGUUAAUAACAACAGGAAGGCGGUUCUUGAGAAGAAACUGAAGGACAGGCUCAAAUACUUUGGUUACUGGGAAAUACUCAGAUCGAUUGAUGAGGAGAUGGAAAACCUGGCUACCAAUAAGAAGCGGAGCAGGUGUAUAGAAGAAAGGAUAAUAGAUGUUAUUGAUAGGCGUGAGCAAUUAUUGUCAUUAUUUGCAGAUAUUGAUGCUCUUGAAAGUGACUUUGAAGGCUACGAAGCAUUAUUUGAUCCGGCUGAGGAUGUCGAUUGUAGAGAAUAUGGAAUUGAGCGGAUAGAAUAUUUUGGGAGUGUAUGA